CCUAACAACAAUAGGUGAGUCUCUCAGUUAGGGACCUGCGAUAGUAUAGCCGACCGUGUCUAAACCGGGCCGGCUUUGUAAGAUUUACACAAAGAAGGAUCUCUAGGUGGGAAGUUCUGGGAACACAAUAUGAAGAUUUUAAGGAGAUGACACAACGCUGCGGACAAGAAUUAAGGAUUAGACAUACUUCGGUUUUGGAGUGAAUGCCGUCGACGAUCUGAUUGGUUGUCUAGCAACUUACCGUUGAAACCGCAGCGAAACGUGACAUGAUGAUAGCGAGGUGGAUCGACGGCAAGUUGCGGCGCAUGUUCUACCACGUCGGCAGGGGAGUCGCCCUGUUCCCGGCUCCCUUUAUCCUCCUCCCGCUCGUCGCUACGGGCCUUCUCGGCUACUUCGGUCUCACCAAGCUGGUCAUCAGCGACGAUUUAGAAUAUCUCUUCACUCCUGAGAACAACCAAGCCAUACGAGACCGCGAGGCCUUACGGCAAGUCGAGUUCGAUCCCACCGACAACGUCGCCUGGGGAUCGACGGCCCGGGUCAUCAUCCAAGCCGCCGACGGUGGAGACGUCCUCUUCCGUGACGACGUCUUCGCAGAAGUCUUGAGAUUCCACAACGUCUUACGAACUUCAAACACAUCUUUUGGAGAUACGUUUGAUGAUCUCUGCAUCCGGAGCGGUACCGGCAACAGUUCGCGGUGUUUUGUUAGUAACGUUCUGCAGUUGAUGUUAGACACAGGCUCCGGUACAAACCUCAAAAACAUCGGCCUGACGUACCCUUACUACAACCCUAACGGACUAAACUACAGUCUAGGCCUGUACCUUGGGAGCGAGCUAGGAGGAGUAGAGCUAGUACCGGACGGUAGAACAGUUCUAUCCAGUAAAGCCGUACAAUUUGUCUACUACCUAAGUACAAAAUGGGACGCUUGGACAGACACGUUUCUAAAAGUAUGUUCAGAGUUCGAGUCAGAUAAAAUAACCGUGAACUAUAACACGUUUAGAUCUCUGAACGACGAACUUCUCGCCCUGCCAACUAUGGUGAUUCCGUACCUGGCGGCCGCGAUAGCGUUGUUGGUCCUGUUCUCUGUGGUGUCGUGUAUGAUGUCGGACUGGGUCCUGACUAAACCGUGGCUGGCCCUGACAGGCGUGCUGUCCGCGGUCCUCGCGAUCGUCUCCUCCGUAGGGCUGGUCCUUCUGACAGGGGAAACCUUCUCAACGCUGGUCGCUGUAGUGCCCUUUCUUCUGAUAGGAGUGGGAGUGGACGACAUGUUCGUCAUGAUCGCGGCCUGGCGGAAGUGUGACGUAAGACUUCCGGUGCAGGAGCGCAUGGGCCAUGCCAUGUCAGACGCCGCAGCCUCCAUCACCAUCACGUCCAUCACCGACUGCGUGGCGUUCGCCGUCGGCAUCAUCAGCGUCUUUCCCUCCGUACGCAUCUUCUGUAUCUACGCUGCCGUGGGCGUCGCCUUUGAUUACCUGUACCAGAUCACCUUCUUCGCUGCCGUGAUGUCGCUGGCCGGCCGGCGGGAGCGAGCCAACCGUCACUGCCUGACCUGCUGCCCCGUCCUGCCCAAAUCACAGGCACAGCACAAAAGCGCCGCCUACCGACUCUGCUGUGCAGCAGGCGUGGCAAAACAGGACAACCCAAGCAGCAACAGUCCAGUAGUCAACAAGGACCCUUUGCUGACAACGUUGUUGUAUAAGUACCUAGCGCCUAUGUUAGUCAAAACACCAUCAAAAGCUAUCCUCUUUAUACUAUACGCAGGCUAUCUAGGAGUAGCAAUUUGGGGUUGCUUUCAAGUAGAUAUUGGCCUUAAAUUUCAAAAUCUCGCUGCUGAAAGCUCUUACGUUGUAGCUUUCCACAACCCAGAAGAGGCUUAUUUCAAAGACUAUGGUCCUAAAAUAGACAUAGUUAUGACCGAACCGCUGGAGUAUUGGAAAAUAGACGUGCAACAGGCCGUUUUGGAUAAACUAAAAGCUUUCGAUCAGAGCCAGUAUUUCUAUGACACAUCAGAGACCGCAGAGGUCUGGUUGCGAGACUAUCUCCGUUUUCUGAACGAAACGGGGAACGCUGCUGCGGCCACGAACAAAACGGCCUUUUUGCAAAUUCUAGUCGACCAGUUCUUGCCUCAGUUUGGCCGUCAGUAUUCCGAGUCUAUAAAGUUCGCAGACUUCUAUGCCAACAUCACGGCUUCUCGGUUCUUUGUCAUCCCGAAUGACGUGAAAACAAAAGAACGGGAGAAAGAUAUGAUGAUAGAAGCGCGUAGCAUCGUAGAGAAAGGGCCGGUCAAAAUGGUCGCUUUCGCAAACGAAUUCAUCUUUGCAGAACAAGUGGUCUCGAUUCUCCCCAGCACGCUCCAGACUGUGGGCAUCGCCGCAGCCGCCAUGUUCGUGGUGUCGUUCUUGUUCAUUCCGCACUGUGUCGCUACUGUCUUCGUCACUUUUGCCCUCGUGUCCAUAGACGUGGGGCUUGUGGGAUACAUGGCUCUGUGGGGUGUCCAACUUGACAUCGUUUCCAUGACGUCAAUCAUCAUCUGCAUCGGUUUUUCUGUAGACUUCUCUGCUCACAUCACUUAUGCUUACGUCAGUUCACAGGCUAUUGCUCCUGUAGAAAAACUAGCUGAAGCUUUCCGUGCCGUCGGUAUGCCAAUACUUCAGUCUGCCCUCUCCACUAUCCUUGGAAUGAUCGUCCUCGCCUUUUUCCCAGCCUAUCUUUUCAAAGCCUUCUUUAAGACCAUUUUCCUGGUCAUGGCGUUUGGCGCCGCUCACGGACUGGUCAUCCUACCGACUCUUUUGACCGUUCUACCCGACUGCAGUCCUGCGCAGAGCGAGACUAAAAUUGCAGACCAGCAAAGACAGACGAAUACAAACGGCCGCCCCUCGAAUAGCCUGUCAACUCAUUCGCUCAGCCCGUCUAAAAUGGGGAAUAGACCGCAACCUGCGAGCGAUGUUGUCAAACGCACGACGUCUUUGCCAAGUCUUCAACCGAAACUGGGGAAAGAGAAUCCGUACUUUACCCCAGAAAUGCGCACGUGGAUUAAGUGGGUAAAAUCGGACCAGAAGACAGGGAUAGAUAAUCCAGUUAUGAACGGUCGGGACACAAUAAUAGAAGUAACGGAACUUUAGUGUGACUAAUUUCAGUGCUAUCAAUGUUGAAAUACGUAAAAAUGUACAAAUGUUGUAUCUUUUGUGAAAAAAAGGAAAAAGAGUCCCAACUUUGAGAUUGUCGGCACCCCUUUUGAAGUUGUUGAAAAAUGUACAGCUUUUCUUGUUC